ACGACACACCAGCUUGCACGUGUGGCUCGCAUGUGAAGCACCCCUACUAUCCCCUUCUUCCUUGUUUUUUUCUCUUUGAUCCCACCCCCUCCCUUCCCCCGUUUUACAGGUUGUUGGGUACCUGCUGAUCUACUACGGUCAGCUUCGUAAAAACCCAAAGACGAGGCAGGCACACGCGCACAAAGACGAGGAUGGGCAGGCGAGGAGGCCGCGGACGCGGUGGCGGUGGACGCAGUGGUGGUGGACGUGGUGGUGGUGGUGGUGGACGGCGGGAACGCCGAACGUGGGCACACGACGGCCGGCCUGGCGACCUUGAUGGGGAUCGGCACGGCGGAGAGGAAGGUCAUCACGCAGACGGCAUUGUGCUGCGGGGUCACACCGAUGAGGAUGGCACGCCGCGCGUGCUUGAUCUGGCCAUGUGGGACUUUGCGCAGUGUGACCCGCGCCGCUGCACUGGGCGCAAGCUGAUUCGCAUGCGCCUGUGCCGCGAGCUGCGGACGCGGUCCGCCUUCAACGGCAUUGUGCUCAGCCCAAAUGCGACGGCGUGCGUGUCGCCGCGCGAUCGCGACAUUGUGCUUGAGAACGGCAUCGCCGUCGUGGACUGCUCCUGGGCAGAGCUGGACAAGGUGCCCUUCCACAAGAUGCGCGCGUACCACAACCGGCUGCUGCCGUACUUGGUGGCGGCCAACCCGGUCAACUACGGCCGCCCACUGAAGCUGUCGUGCGUGGAGGCGUUUGCGGCGUGCUGCUGGAUCGUGGGCUUGAAGGAGGAGGCGGAGGAGCUCCUGGGCAAGUUCAAGUGGGGCCACGCCUUCUUCUCGCUCAACAACGAGCUGCUGGAGCUGUAUGCGGCCUGCGACAACGCGGCAGACAUGGUGGAGACGCAAAACAGGUACAUCCAGCGGCUGCAGGAGGAGGCGCAGUCGCGCAAGACCAUGACAUACAACGCCUUUACACAGCUCGGCCAAGAGGAGGCGGCGCGGGCCGAUGAAGCCGAUGAUGAUGAUAAUGAUGAUGACGCAGGGGAUGGUGACGCAGAGAAGGAUGUUGAAGGUGGUGAUGUUGGGGAGGAGGGCCAGGAACAGGGCGAAGAGGACCAGGAACAAGGCGAAGAGGGUGAAGCAUUGGAGAAGGAGGAAGAUGCGGAGGGCCGUGAGUUGGCCGGGGAGGUUGCCACAAAGUUGAGCAUAUAAACGUUGCGCUGGUUGUUGUCACGUUGUAUUGGUCGUUGUUCAGAAUUAAACAGCACGCGUG